AUGACGAAAGCCACUACUGCUCCAGUCCAUCACAUGAACACUGACUCACGCGACAACAAACGCACCAGACAACCAUCCCAACACUCAGACAUGUCCCAAUCAGAGGAAGAAGCCCCAAGCUCUAAUAAGAAGCCUACCAUGGAGAAGAAUAGCGCUCCCCAACCUACCCCCCAGCCUACUCCCCAAGUCAAUCCAUGGCACUACCUUCAAACCGGAGCCAUGAGUGCGAACAGCAAUAUUGUUAACGGAGUACUUACUCUUAACAAUGGACUCAAGAUAACUGCGCCCCCAACCGGCAGCUUCCCAUCCCCGCAACUGGGACAGUCUGUCUGGUGCAACGUGACCCUCUCCUUAUGGGACAAAUGGCCCCAGAAAGAAGGACCCAAAGCCUGGGCGCGAACCUUCAGAGCCCAAUAUGAAGACAAUGCGCAGAUGACCAACAUCAAAAUGCGUAACCUCAUUGCGCAAGUUGUCGGAGAAGCGGCUGCCUCAUCCCUCCUAAUCAGCACUCCCUAUGCGGAAGAGGAACUAUAUGAACGACUCCCUCCUCCAUACCACUUCCUGAUCUCUGGCAUCCCACAAACUGCCAUCACAAGGCUGACGGGGCUAAGUGUAUGCUCCUCACCGGACAUCACCUGCUUCUUCAUACCCUACACCCAACCCCUCCCAAACUACAUAUGCACACUUGAACGAUUCACUUAUCCAGACUGUGAGGAAAGUAACACUGAAAUUGCGGCACUGGUCAAACAAACCAUUCGCAUGCACCCUGACAUAUCACACUUCAUCCACAAUCACAUCCCCUCGCCUGAUGCUGAGGCUGCCAUUAGAACCAUCGACUCUAUUCGAGUCUCUAGCCUCAACGUUGCGGUCUCAUGCACUAUCUCACACACAGUAUGGAACGUUUAUGUCGGAUCCCUCCCCAACCUGUCGCUUAAGGACUACUUCGAAUGGACCAAUCGAAUCCGCAACUUGCAAUUUGCCUUGGAAGACUACGGAACCGGUCUAGUCCGCUCAGAGGAAAAGCAAUUCCUCUGCACAGGAUGCAAGUCCUAUGACCACCCAACAGGCCUUUGCCCAUUCCCAAAAAUCAUAGGGUGGUUCGGCCCCUCAUCCAGCACUAACAAUGACAUGUCCAAUGCCUCCCUGGACAACAGGACACACAACGCGCACAACCCCAGAGGGAACUACGCCAGAGGCGGGAGAGGAAUGGUUAACAGAGGAAGAGGCCGCAGAAAGAGAGGAAGAGGACUCAACUAG